AUGUUUGCUUUAGAAAUAUGGCGACAAAUGACUGCAUUCAAGGCCAUCAAAACACAAAAGCAGAAACAAUUACAAGAGAAAAGAAGAAAAGUAGCAAAUAAAACUGCUAAAAAAUUAGCAUCAUCUACUUUGAAUACUCAUAAUAAAUUAUCAGCGCUUUCCGAUGCUAUUGAACAACAGAAAUUCAAUUCACUAAAUAGUAGUGCUAGUCCUUAUGAUGUUAGUAAAAGAGCGACAGAUUUCAUAGAAAUAGAAAAAGCAAGAAAAGCAGCACUUUAUAGAAUGAGUCAAAAUCACAUGGCAGAUAAAAAUAAAAUGUUAAAUAAUUUUAUGGAACAAGCGAGAAAAAAUGCUAAGUUAAAUAAAGUCUAG